CCUGGAUAUGAAGACCACGCGUAUCGUGUUCUAAAGUGUUUGUGCAAGCUGUUGGGACAACUGUUGUUCAUGCUCUGUAUGUGAGUGUGUUGGUUCCGCGCAAACGCGUCACAACUUUACGCAACUGCGCUAUACUGCGCCGCAGUCUGGACGGGAAGAAGAGUUAACAGGGACAGAUGUAUGGAAAAGUACGGAAAGUUGACGUCUUUAUGAAGAAAAAUUAAGAAAGGCGCAGGGGAACCCAAUAGUCAAAGCACGUUUGCACUACUCAGACGACGACAUGCAUUUCUUAAAAACCGUUGGAUGUCUUGGUUCCUCUUGAAAGAUGUUGGACUUCUGCGCACUAGUUUAAUGUUGAUGCUACUGGAGCUUAGGUAGAAACGAGUAAAUGGACACGAGAUUUAUUUUAGGUUGGUCCAUAUCUGGGGGUUGCAGACACAAAAAAUUGCCAUAUUAAGUAUUUUUGUAAUUAUAUGAUGGACAAUAUUUUCAGAAUAGCCAACUAUUUUGGCCAAUAGGUCUAAUGAAGUUAUCUGGUUGCGUGACAACUUGCUGGAAGACAUUAGUCCUAACAAGCUCAGGAGUUUAUAACAUUGGCGUUUUACAAAUAGCACCAAUUUUCUUUUCCUAAUAGUAAUACUUGGUUUCUCAACUGAAUCAUUAGCGUCAUCUUGCCUCAUUGGUGCCGUUAAUAGACACCGAUCGCAUGACACUGUUGCGCACGGCGGUGCACUCGCUGAAGAGGAGUUUGUUUGUGUACAUCUGAUUAGUGGAUCUUCUGCAGCAGCCUCGGGGCCAACAGCUCUAGAAAGCCCCAGCCAUGAUGCCCACAUCCCAGGCUCUGCUCUUUAUCCUCCGCUUAGUGCUCUUUGUGGGCGCGCACACCAUUGCAAGCGUUUACAGUGAUAACCACUACCGAUUCCCCUACCCCGAUGAAGAAGCAAUGUUUGACGCUGAAGACCCGUGUGUGGUGGUGACUCCUCCCUGUAUGAGCGAGUCUGACCGCUACAGUCUGGAAGCCCUAAGGAACAUCCACAGGGAGAUGGACGACGACAAGGACGGAGGGAUCGAGGUGGAGGAGAGUGUGGAGUUCAUCAUAGAGGACAUGAAACAGCAGCAGACCAAUAAACACAGUAACCUCCACAGAGAGGAUCAGCACAUCACUGUAGAGGAGCUGUGGAGAAGCUGGAAGUCCUCAGAAGUGCAUAACUGGACUCAAGACGAUGUUCUAAGUUGGCUCAGGGACUUUGUGGAGCUGCCUCAGUACCAGAAGAACUUCAAAGAGUUCAGGGUUGACGGGAACACCCUCCCCAGGAUUGCAGCAAAUGAGCCAUCAUUCCUGAGCGGUCAGCUGAAGAUCUUUGACCAGAGAGACAAACAGAAACUCAAUAUCAAAGCUCUGGACGUUGUGCUGUUUGGACCAAUUACACGGCCACCCCAUAACUGGCUGAAGGACCUGCUGCUGAUGGUGUCAGUGAUGAUGGGAGUGGGUGGCUGCUGGUUUUCCCGGGUCCAGAACAAAUCCAGCAAGAUACACAUCUCCAGAAUGAUGAGAGACCUGGAGAGUCUGCAGAGUGCUGAGCUCAACCUCAGCGAACUGCAGGAACAAUUGGAGCGGGCCCAGGAGGAGAAGAGGAAUGUGGCGGAGGAGAAGCAGACCCUGGAGGAGAAGAUGAGAGAUGAGAUCAUGGGGGCGCAAGAGGAGGCGCACCGCCUCUAUGAGCUGAGAGAGGGCGCUGUCAGCGAACUAAGCCGUCUGAGAUAUGCAGAAGAAGAGCUAGAACAGGUGCGGGGAGCAUUGAAGAGGGCAGAGAAGGACAUGCUGUCCAGUUGGACGGUUCCUGAGGCCCUACAGCUGUGGCUGCAGCUCACCCACGAGGUGGAGGUCCAGUACUACAAUGUCAAGAAGCACAGAGCAGAGCUCCAGCUGGCCAUUGCUAAGGAGGAGGCAGAAAAGAUCAAAAAGAAGAGGAGUUCAGUUCUGGGGACUCUUCAUGUUGCUCACAGCUCCUGUCUGGACCAGGUGGACCAAAAGAUAAUGGAGGCUAAGAACUCCUUGUCAGAUGUGACGGCCUGUCUUCGAGAACGCCUGGUCCGCUGGCAGAACAUCGAGCGUCUGUGUGGCUUCACCAUCAUAAGGAACACCGGCCUGGCCAGCCUCACUGCCACACUCUAUGUCGAUGCCAACUUGGUUAGGUCCCGGGUGCCUGUGCAGAACUACUCCUGCCAUAGCUCUGUGGAGGACCUGCCGGAAGACUCUUCACCCAUCCAACCUCAGAUACCUGUUCCUCCAAUCAAACGCUCCCCUCGGAGCCUCAGCUCCACUGUGUGUCGGUCUCGUCGCCCUGGCCUCAUUGCCCAGACCUCCUCCAUGAUGUCCUCCGACCCUGACCUACUACUGGCCAGUCAUGCCCCGCUCCCCUGCUUUGAGGAGGAGGAGGCCACUAAACUGAUAAGGUCUCAGCUGAGACAAGAGCCUCAGGAAAUGUUCACCGAUGCAGACUUCAUGACGUCGCCCCCUGUUGGCAGGAUUUUCCCCAGUGCCGCUGUUGAUUCCGCCCCUCGCAAGAUCUACCGUGAUGAGGCAGAUAUGUUUGAUGACGACCCUGUGAGGAACACCUCCAGAGAGGAACCGGAACCUUCAGUGGAACCUCCCAUCUGCAUGUCCCCCAGAGAAGAGGUUGGAGCCGCCGUCGGAAAGAUGCCGAGAGACAAGAUGGACGCCACAGCAGACACGGCCUCACUGAGGAUGCCCAAGGACAAGUGGGAGCCCUCCGUAGACAUCAUUUCCAAGAAGACCUUUAGAGAUGCAUUUGAGGUUUCUGUGGACUCCACCAACAGAAAGAUGCUCAGAGAAGAACGAGAAGCUUCUACCAAAAUAGGGGGCAGGAAGUUCUCAAGGGAGUCCAUGGGGGGAUCCAUGGACAGCUGGUUGCAGCAGGAGGAGUGUUCAUUCGAUGGCCCCUUCAGAAUGAUUUCCAGAGAAUCUAUUGGGGUGUCCAUGGACACAGGUUUUAGGAAGUUAAUAAGGGACAAAGAUGGGUCUUCAGAUUCCACCAUGAGAGUAAUGGCCAAGGACAAAAUGGUGGACCCUAUCAGUAUCCCGAUUAGAAAGACUUCCAGGGAGGAACUUGAGUUCUCAACUGAGUCACUUUCAAGGAAAAUGCUUCCAAGGGACAAGAUGGAAAUUCUCAUAGACACGUCUUCUCGUUUGUUGUCCAGAGAGAUGCCAGACUUCUCUAUGGACUCCUCUGCUGCUAGGAAGAUCUCUAGAGAUGAACUUGACAUGCCUGCAAGCUUAAAUCGGAGGAGGAUUCCCAGAGACAUGAUUGACAGCUCUGUAGACACGUCUUCUGGGAAGAUCUCCAGGGACAGGGUGGACGUUGUCCUGGAAAUGCCCAAACGAAGGAUAUCAAGGGAGGAGUUUGUGGUUCAGGAGUCAGGCUCCUCGUCUGGGCGGAUGGCACAGCCUGACCUUACCUUAAACUCUGUGUCAUCAUGGAAACCACCCUUCGAACCUUUGAGCCGGCUUGUAUAUGAUGGGAUCCUGGAGAAAUGCGUUUCCACGCCAACCACUACAACCCCAACCGGCGCAGAUGAGCUUAUUGCCACGGCCCCAAUGUUGACCGAAAGCCUGAAAGCAGGAGAGGAAGACCUGACACCACUAGGUGUGGCUGCCACCCCUCACAACCCCUCUCCCUCAGGGAGGGGGGAGAAGCCUAAGGAGAAGAGUAAGAGGACGUCCAAACUGAAAAAUUUGUUCAAGAAGAAGAAGGAUUCUGCCUCUGACCGGCCACCACAAGGAGGCCUUCAGAAACUCUGACGCUUUACCAUCUCUUUUAAACAGGAAGUGUCCUGAGGGUUAGAACCUCCUUUGUGAGGGAGACUUGCAGGAAAGAAAAACUCUUAGAAAGCAUGACAACAUCGCAAGUCUUUUUUUCCCCCUUUAACAUUUGGUUUCAGGACGUUUUUUCCAGACACUGUGGCUCUGUUUGUUGGGACUCUCUCUCUUUGCCUGAUUGCUUUUAGGUUUCUUUUCAAUAAUUUUUUGAUAUAAUACAAUUUUAUAUAAUAUUGAUUAAUUGUAGUCUUUGUGAUGAAGUCUUAAGCAGAAGGAUGAUAGGUGGUAUUUUGAGCUUUUCAGCUUGUGUUUUGCUACACUUUGUUUACAUUAAGUAGACUGAACAUUCUCCUGUUCAAAUUUGUUUCGGUUUUUCUGUGUAAUGCAAACAGCAGAGUUUGGAAGUGAAGUUUUAAGUAUUUGGGGUUUCACACAAUUUGAAUUGUUUCUGAUAUGUAUAAUGAGUGUUAUUAAAAGCUGCACCAAUCUUUACCAAAAGGAGAUUCUUAAAAAAAUGUCAUUUGAAUGGAUGCAAAAAAGAUUAACUUAAUUAGUAUUAACAUUAAUUAAUUAACAUUUUCUUUGGAACUAUUUGUUUAUUUUGAUGGAAAGUCAUUGCUGUUGUUUUUUGUUGUUUAAUUGUUAAGGGACAACAUCGGUAACAUCUGAUUGACAUUGAAUUGAUAAAUUAUUUGAUAAUCUUUUUUAAAUGUACUUGUUCUGAUAUAUAGUGACAUUUUUUGUUGAGUAUUCUGACAAACUGGUUUCUCUCGAAAGUCCUGGAAGGAAAAGGAAAUGCACUGUUUUAUUUAUUGAAAUGGGAGUCAGUUAAUCAUGUAUUGUGACUUGUUGACCUAUUGUUGGAUUCAUAUUGAAAUAAAUGUUGAUAGAUUUA